AGUCAGCCACUGGAUUAUAUUCCACGUAAGCGAUGAAUGGUCACUAUGGAUUUUACCCAGGGCAACGACUUGAGGUAACCACAGCUAAUGCUGCAGGACCAUCGACGUACUACGUAGUGACGGAACUAGCUUACUAUGGUAAAUGUUUAGGAUUCACAACUGAGACUUUUGACACUAUAGUAGUUGAUUGCCCAGGAGCGGAGAAGAUUGGUUGCUUCCAAGUUUUAACGCCUCAGUUUAACACUCAGGAUAAUACCAUCUCCUUCACUGAAAAUGUAAACAAGAUAUGUGCAAAGAAAGUGAAUGAAUUCUGCAUAGGAAUCGAAAUUGAGGAUAAAAUAAUAAAUCUGAAUUGCAAUUUUCAAUAUGAGGAGGGGAUGUUCCAAGUUAGCGGAGGGCAAAGUCUCACAGGGGCAAUUCCAUUAAAUAAAGAACCAUCAAGGGAAUGAAGGUGUACAGAAAAAAAAAGUUAAUUUUAAAUUCGUUUUAUAUUUUUUUUUCUCUAAAGUUACAAGUACGAGUACUAUUUUUUCCUUUCCUUCGACAUUUUUUCAUUUGGAUUGUUUAUAGCAGAAAGCAACAGAAUUAAAGCUGUCUAACAACAGUAGCAUACGUUAAAUAUCAUACGUCAUAUGUAACAUUUUAAAUGUCAUUGUUACUAAAUGGGAAAACAACUACUCCACGGGCUAUAUGCCCUGACAGGCAUUGAAUUAUACUCCAGUACCUAGUAAAAAGUUUAUUCGUGAGAAGGUAUUAGUCGAGUAGUAGGUCACUCUGCUCCAGUAGGAUCAAGUAGCAAUAACAGUUAAGAUGUUUGCAGACAGACAUCCAAAUUUCUUAAUCAUUUACCUUAAUUUUUGGCAUACCGAAACCUGUAGUGUUGGAAAAAAUUGCUAUUAAUUGAUGUUACUUCUAUAA